AUGUGCGGCAUCUUUUGUCUGCUGAGUCCUUCACCGUCUCACUUUGAGUGGGACAAAACUGUUCAUGAACAUUUGAAGAAACGAGGGCCCAACCUGAGUCAGGAUCUCACGGUUAGAGGUCCUGGCUAUCAGUGUUUGUUCUCUGCCCACGUUCUUCACAUGAGAGGUCUUCUUACCCCUCAGCCUGUUCAAGACAACCCUGGAAAUGUGCUGGUGUGGAAUGGGGAGAUUUUUGGAGGUCUCCCAGUGAUGCCAGAGGAAAAUGACACUGCUGUUUUCUCCCAGCGGCUGUCGUCGUGCAGCAGCCCUUCAGAGAUUCUGUCCGUUCUGUCCUCCAUACAGGGACCGUGGGCAUUUAUUUACUACCAGAAAGCCGAAGGUUACCUCUGGUUUGGCAGAGACUUCUUUGGCAGGCGGAGUUUGUUGUGGAAGUUUGAUGCUGAGGUCAAUGCCUUGACCCUGACUUCUGUGGCAGCCCACACUUCUGGACCUGAUUUGUCAGCUUGGCAGGAAGUCCCAGCAGUUGGCGUGUACAGGAUUGACCUGAAGGCAGUUACAGAAGCCAGCUCUGUGACAUUUGAGGUUCAUCCUUGGGCUCAUGGAGGAAAUAAUCUUUUCUCAAGCUGCAGUGAAACUAUAUUGGAAUCUGUCCCCAGUGGCUGCACUGCUGUGAUGAACCAGUCAGGCCUCAAACUCGCCUCACCUGUGUGCCCUCUUAAUACAUCCAUCCCAAAGUCAUUACAUGAGAAGGAAAUUCUUUCAAAGUCAUGUAUUAAGAAUCUGGAGCAGCUGCUUGCAAGCAAAGAGAAAAACAACGAGGUGAAGCGCCUCAUCCAUGUUCUCAGUGAGGCAGUAAGGCGUCGGGCUCAGUCCCUGCCUUACAGGACACAAGACAAUCCCCCUCCUACUAAUGACCAGGCUAGUGUUGCUAUACUUUUUUCAGGAGGCGUUGAUUCAAUGAUCCUGGCUGCUUUAGCUGACCGUCACAUACCUGCUCAUCAACCAAUAGACCUUCUCAAUGUAGCGUUUAAACUACAGGAGCCAAAGAAGCAGAAAGAGUCUACAAAGAAACCAAGAAAACACAAAAAUAAACCCACAGAUCUGAAGACUCAUGGAGCUGAUACCCCGACACCCGGCCCGUUUGACGUCCCGGACAGAAUUACUGGCAAAGCCGGUCUCAAAGAAUUACAAGACUUGAAUCCUGAAAGAAAAUGGAAUUUUGUAGAAAUCAACGUUACGCAGGAGGAGCUGCAGAAAAUGCGUGAGGAGCGCAUUUGUCAUUUGGUUUACCCUCUGGAGACGGUGCUUGAUGACAGCAUUGGAUGCGCUGUGUGGUUUGCUGCGAGAGGGACAGGGUUCAUCAUGGAGGACAGCGACCAGAGGCCAUUCACUUCAUCAGCAAAGGUAAUUUUGACGGGGAUUGGAGCAGAUGAGCAGCUAGCAGGUUACUCCAGACACAGAGUGCGAUUUACGACGUCUGGACACGAAGGACUGAUCCAGGAACUGGCCAUGGAGCUGGGACGGAUCUCUUCCAGGAACUUGGGCAGAGACGACAGAGUGAUAGGAGACCACGGGAAAGAGGCCAGAUUUCCCUACUUGGACGAGGACGUGGUGAGCUACUUGAAUUCUCUGCCCGUGUGGGAGAAGGCAGAUCUGUCACUUCCUCGAGGUGUCGGGGAGAAACUCCUCCUGAGGCUGACGGCGAGGCAGCUGGGCCUCGGCCAAUCAGCUGUCCUGCCCAAGAGAGCCAUGCAGUUUGGCUCCCGCAUCGCGAAGAUGGAGGACAAACGUGAAAAGGCUUCGGACAAAUGCACAAGACUCUUCACUGGGUAGACGGAUCGCUGCUAAAUAUAUAAAUCAUUUUAAUAGAAAAUUUUCAUUACAAAAUGACAUACAAUUGAUACUUAAUGCUUACAGUUUAAGUUCUUGAUUUCAUGUUACAGAUUCAUGAAGUUAUUUUUGCCUUGGACACUUUUUUAACAUGGCACAAUAAAUGUUGUGUUUUUAUCCA